AUGGUUUCUCCCAAACCCCUCGUGGAUGAUGGUCCAAAAACACAAUGUGACCAAUUCCUCGCCCUCCUCCUCUCCACCCACCGACCCCGCCCCCACAGACAGCAUCACAUCCUCUGGGAAGCAGCCAUCACCCACGCCACCAAACAAGACUGUUCCCUCUGCAAGAUCCUCACCGGCGCCCUGCAAGUCUGGUUCACGCCCUCCCAGCUGGGAGGCGUCCAGCUGCAGGUCAUGCUGAUCAUGCAACAGAGCAGUGAGAAGCAAGAUCGGUUGUUGAUUCAGUUCAGAACACCGGCGAGGGUGACACCCUGGACGGAGGGGCAGACUGUUAACUUCUUUGUGGAUGAUGGGUUAUGUGGGACUGGGGGGUGGAACUUGAUGAAGACCCCGGCUGCCUUGAACAAGGAAAGUUUCGCGUGGGAAAGGAAAGUAGAAAAAAUGAAGGCGUGGCUGGGGCGGUGUCGGGAAAGUCAUGAGAUGUGUAGGUCUUAUGGGGCUGUGAUGCUUCCUGAGGGGGUGACGGUAUUACCGAGCAGAGUGCUGGAUUUGUUACCUGGGAAUGGGGGCGUGAGGUUGUAUGAAUCGAGGGUGGGGGAAAGGGGGAGGUAUGCUUGUCUUAGUCAUCGGUGGGGGAAGUGUCAGCCGCUUACCACGACCCGGGCGACGUUGGGGGAUUGGAAGGAAGGGUUGGCUUGGGAGAAGAUCCCGAAGCUGUUCCAAGAUGCGAUCGACAUUGCAAGGGAGCUGGGGGUGAGGUAUCUCUGGAUUGAUAGUCUUUGUAUUGUGCAGGAUGAUGCGGAGGACUGGUAUAGAGAGUCGAGGAAGAUGUGCGCGAUUUAUCAGAAUGCGGUUGUGACUGUAGCUGGCACGGCGGGGUUUGGGUGUGAGGAUUCGUUGGUUCCGACGAGGGAGAGGACUGUGGCUGGAACAUUGAAGGAUGGGACGGGUUAUAGGUUUGAGGUUAGGUUGAUGGAUAAGCAUUUGAGUGGGUCGCCGAGUCAUGUUCAUUUUGGGAAGACGCUGCUUGGGAGAGGGUGGGUUUAUCAGGAGAGGCUUUUGUCUCGGAGGAUCAUACACUGUUGUUCGGAUGAGUUGGUGUGGGAAUGUAUGGAGUCGGUGGAGUGUGAGUGUCCUGAGGGGGUUGGCUGGAUGACAACCGCGGAUCGGUCUAGGUUGGAAAUCAAGGCUAUUCAGACGCGGUUGCCAAGGGAGGCGCCGGUGUCGGAGCAGCGGAGAGUCUGGCAUGAUAUUGUCAGGGCUUAUACCGCGCUGGAUUUGACAAAAAUAUCGGACAGAGCGGUUGCUAUUCUCGGACUGGCAGUAGAGAUACAGCAUUCAAGGAAGGGAUUGUAUGCCGCGGGACUAUGGGAGGAUAGCUUUCUGUGUGAUCUUGCCUGGCAUACUGGGACGGCAACUCGAAGAGGGAAAAGGCCGACGGAUCCUAGACCAAAUAGAGAUACGACAAAAGCUCCUACAUGGUCUUGGCUCUCGGUUAGUACCUGUUGUGAGUAUUGGUCUCGAUCGGAUCUCGGGAAUGGGGAGCCAUGGUGGGAGGAUAGCGGUACUGUUGUCGAGAAGAUUGAGCUCCCUCCGUAUCAUACGCUUUCAGCUGCAGCACAAGGUCUCGGCUUGGUUCAUGUGAUCCCUGCCACGAAUCUCAAGGUGGAUGGUGGCACCAGCAGACUGACCACUCAUGGUUGUCUGACGCUCAAGGGGAACUUGCUGGCUGGAACAUCCAGUCAAUCAGUGCAUAACGACACACUGGAGUGGUCGGGCUGGUUCCAACGUAGCUUUGGGAUCGAUCUUAAUCUUCAAGAAUCGAGAGCACGUGGGUUCCUUGAUAUUCAGACCACAAACGAAAAGCCUAUCAUCCGACAGGGACAGGCAGUGUUUGGUAUGCCGCUUGGUACCAGUAUCGACACUGAAGGGAUUCUGGAUCCGAUAUAUCGAUAUCGGUACCUCCUGUUGUUGGUGUUGGUAGAUGCCGAUGAGCAGUUGUAUGAGCGGGUGGGGAUGAUUGAGCUGGCCCAUGGCGAUUAUCAGUGGAAGGCACCAGCGUGGUGGGAUAUUCCUUUUGAGGCCGGGACCAUGACUACUAUGAAAAUCAUUUAG